GCCGCAAUAUCUUGCAGCGAAAAACCGACGAGCGCAAUGCUGGCAACCGACGUGGCGACCACCGACGCAGCCCCGCCAUCGCCGCCGCGGCAGCGCCGCAUGAGCAUGGGCGUUAACCUCCAUGGUCCAUCGCAGCCCAUGACCCGCGUCUUGAGCAUGAUGACAAUGCGGUCGGUGGCCGUGCUGCAUGGCCUUCAAGGCGUCUUUGGCACCAAGUCGACAGAAGCGUCGUCGCAGGCAGUGGUCCCCAAGGAGACAACAAGUGGUCGUCCGUCCAAAGUCGAGCACGAUCUUCACCUGCGCCGCAUGCAGGCAAUUUGGCAGCUCUUCGUGCAAGGGUUCGAGCUCAUCAAGUACCCCAACAAAGGGCGCCCGCGGAAGCGCAUUAUCUGGCUCACACUGGACGGCAAGCUCUGCGUCGGCAAGGCCAAGUGCGAGAAGGACGCCAAGAAGUUUGUCUUUCUCUGGGACAUUGAGCACUUCAGUAAGGGCUGCAACGCGCCGCAGUUUGCAGAGUCGGGCUCGUGGCGCGAGUCAAAGGGCCGCGAAAUGCUCUGCUUUUCCAUCGACGCGCGUCCGCACGGCGGUAAAGUCCACAGCUUUGCGCUGCAAGUCGCGUCCAACACGGUGCGCAACCUCCUCUGCGAGAACGGCAGCCAGCUCGUCCAAGCGCUCCGCGGCGACGCCGACGGCGAGUACCCGAAAGCCGCGCGCAUCAAGAUCGCAAAGCACUAUGCGUGCACGGGCGAGGUCCUCGCGCUCUCAGAAAUCCGCCUCGUCAUGAUGCGCGAAGGCUCCGAGCUGGGCACGCUCCUCGACGAGAAAGACGUCGAGAUCGUGAACGACGACAACGCGGAUGACUCGCCGUCCGACGACGAGUAGCAGGAGACAGUUAGCUCGCUUAUUGGAUUCGAUAAACGACUUCGACGAUGGCCAGAACACGGCAGCGCUGGCUUCGUUGGUGCUGUCUACCUCGAGCAGAGACCAACUUUGCUGGGCUUGGAGUGGCCUUUAUAUCCGUG